UCAAGUUUUUAAAAAAUUGAAUUUCUUUUGGUAACACAAGUUUCUUCAUCUAGUUAAGGUUAUUGGUCAUGUAUUUUUUGAAAAAAAUGUUUUGUUAAUUGUUAUUAGCAGACUUUGUAGAGUCAGUCUUAGAGUAUUUGUAUUAUACAAUUGAUUUGUUAUUUUUUCAUGUUUCUAUAAAAUCAUAGUUUUAAAAGCAUAUUUAGUUAUAACAUGGCAUCUGCAGGAAUACACUUUGGAAAUACAAACAGUGUCAUAGCUGUCUACAAGGAUGGAAAGGUUGAAAUAGUUUCCAACGAAACUGGAGACCGAGUUACUCCAACAAUUGUUGCAUAUACCGGAUCAGAAAAACUUGUUGGUCAGCCUGCUAAGCAAUAUUUAACACGGAAUCCUUCAAGCUGUAUAUCACAAAUCAAAUCCUCCAUAGGACAAAGCUUCACAGAUGAUCAUAUCAAUCAGAUAAAAGAUGGCGCAUCAUGCGAGAUUUCAAAUGUGAAAGGAAGUAUAUCAUUUAAAGUUAAAGUGGAGGAUAACUUUGUAAAAGUGUCGUCAAUAAAGGCAGCUUCUUAUAUCUUCACAAAACUUUUAGAAAUUGCUGAACAUGUUGGUGGCAGUGAUUUAGAAGAUGUAGUACUUGCAGUGCCUCAUAAUUUUUCAGAAGAGCAAAAGCUGUCUUUAUGUGAAGCAGCUGAAGAUAUAGGUUGUAAUGUUCUAAGAGUGAUAUCAGAGCCUGCUGCAGCUCUUUUAGCAUAUGGUAUUGGCCAAGAAGAUCCAACAGUACAUGGUAAUAUUUUAGUGUAUCGGUUAGGAGGUUCGUCCAUGGAUGCAACUGUGAUGAAUGUUAAUAGUGGAAUGUACCGUGUUUUUAGUCAAAAGUGCAACCCGAAUUUUGGAGGGAAAGAUUUCGAUAAAGUUUUAGUUCAACAUUUUCAGAAAGAAUUUCAAAGGAAAUAUAAAGAGGAUAUAUCAAGCAAUAAACGAGCAAUAGGAAAACUGACCACGGCUGUUGAAACAUGCAAACAUGGCCUCACACGAAUGCAGUCAACUUCAUGUGCUGUGGAUUCACUCUAUGAUGGUUUGGAUUUUCAUUCGCAAAUUCCAAGAGCAAAGUACGAGUCCCUCUGCAGUCACUUGUUUACACAAUGUUUGCAACUAAUAGAUGAGUCAUUACAGUCUUCAAAUUUAACAGAAUCACAGAUUGACACGGUUAUACUUGCCGGUGGUGGUUCGAACAUGCCUCGAUUAAUCAAUCUAGUUAAAGAGCGCUUUAAAUCUUCUGAAUUUUUAACUAAAUACUCCCCGGAGGAGUUACUUGCGCGAGGAGCAGCACUGCAGGCAGCGCUACUGCAAGGUCGGGAAGAUAUAAAUGCUUCGAGUCCUAGCUUACAAUGUUUAUCAAAAAAUAUCGGUAUAAAGAUCUCGAAAGAUGGGAAUGAGCAGAUGGAAGUUAUUAUCAAUAAAAAUACGCCAGUACCAACAAGACGGAGUAGAACUUUCAAAUGCGACGCGCAACAGACAUCUGUUUGCGUCUGUGUGUGCGAAUCUGUUGAUACAAACAUAGAAACUUCGAGACUACUAGCAAAGCUCGCUAUGAAAGACUUAAACGAAAAUUCUGAAAAAGAAUUACUCAUAAAUUUUGAAGUAAAUCGGAAUGGUUAUCUACAAGUCACGCUAACGGAAAAAGUCUCAAAUAGAACGGAACAACUUACUAUAGAGAUCGAACACACAUGAUGCAUCCUUGUUAUCUGUUACUAAAUAAUUUUUGUAAAGCUAUCAUGAGCAUGACUAAUUUUUUUUUUAUUUGUGAA